GGAAUUCCUGUUCUUGGGAUCUCGGAGGUGACGAUAAAGCGGGCGCAUGCCCAGCCCAAACUUUAUGGUAUAAUUGCUCCGGAAUUGACUUCGACUAUUUGUAGGAGAGGCGUACACUCCCAGACAUAGCAACAGACCUGCUGGCUCCCGAGAAGCUAUAGCUUCGCUGCUUCUCAGACCCCUCGAAGAAUUCUUGUGGAAACUGCAACAUGAGGUUUGGGCGUGGGCGGGACAGUCCGGAACCCACAGAUCCGGUCUUCGACGAGGAUCAAGAUCUCAGCGAAGUUUGGCCACAGGUCGUGCGGCAGUAUGAGGACACCACCAAGAAGAAGCUGAAUAUCACCACCACGUUCAAGAGCUUCCAGCUGCAGAUUGACGCAGACAUCAAAGAGUCAACAACGAAAAGCCACCAACAUGCUCGGACUGUUCUGAACAAUGUCGGUACCUGUCUCGAGAAGUUUGGGAGCAUUGUCGCACAAGGGGCAAGUGUGGUCUUCGGACCAACUGCUCAAUGCUGGAAUGCGAUAAGCUUCGUAAUUCAAGCAGCACGCGGCUUCAGCGACAUGAUGGACGGGUUCGUCACUCUUAUGGAACGCUCAUCCGCCUUCUUACGACGCCUCGUCUACUUUCUGGAGCAAGAGGCCGGCAAAGAUGGAACCUAUUUGCCGCGCCCUCUUCGUAAGUCAGCGUACGAGAUUUUAUCCCAGUUUUUGGGUGUGCUUCGUUCUUCCUACAAGUUAGCUACCAGCACAAGAGAGCGAAUGAAGUCUAUGGCCGGAAUCAUUCUCUUCAACUCGAACGAUGCGGUCGCAGAGUCACUCCAGCUUAUGGAAAAUCAUAUCCAGGAGUUCACCAGAGCCGAGGCCGAUGUCAUACUAGUAGGAGUUCGAGGGCUUGCAAAGCAUCUCGUCAAAUCUGACGAGGAAAGAGCCCGCUACCAGACUGAAAUACUUGAAUACCUCCAAGCCACAUACAAAGUCGGUGAUCAGGUUCUGAGCGUUACUCAGCAGAUGAAGACUACUUUAGACGGUCGAGCCAAUAAGGACCAACAGAAAGAGAAUUUGGUAAAGAUAGCAAACAGUCUGGGACUGAAGAAGCCUGGGGACUGGGAGACUUGGACCAAGCGGCAUAGCGAGCUCUGCAAAACGCACGUAGAAGGGACAGGAGAAUGGCUCAGUCAAGACGAGCCUGCAUUCAGCCAAUGGGCUGAUCUGGAACAACACGACAAAAGGGUCCUUUUCCUGAAGGCCGACUCCGGUUUCGGCAAGACACAUCUCUUCAAUCACGUUGUUUCUCAUCUCGAAAAGAAAUGUCGGUCUGCACGCGGACCAAAUCAGGCUUUCAUCGCUUACUAUUACUACGGAGAUGAUAAAGAUGACUCUCUCGAACGGUGCAUUGGAUCCAUCAUAUAUCAGUUUGCAGCUGCAGAUGUUGGAUAUGCUCAAGCUGUAGCAGAGGAAUGCGCGCGACUCGCAAGCAUUGCGCGAGCUGAAGAUCGAUGGAAUAAUCUUGUUUCGGGAUUACAGCGUGCCAUGAAAGGGACUUAUUUCAUAUGUAUGGACGGUUUUGAUAGUCGUGGCCAGCUCGACACUGCAGAGGUAAUGAUGUCAACUAUCGCGGGCCAAGCUGCGUCUUCAGCCGAGUCGAAUGGGGUUUCCCUACGUCUCUUCGUAUCCGGAAACGAGGACGCGCUUUCUGAGGUCUCGCAAGGAGUCAAAGGUGUCGGUACCAUUGUUCUCGGGAGACGCAGAGACUCUGCCCAAACCAUGGAACGAGCUGGCUACAUACCAGAUAUAGCUCCAGACUCGCUGCCAAACGCAAGCGAUCUGAGAGCUGUCACAAGCGCCAGGAUCGAGGAGGUUUGCAAGACUAAACCCGGUCUGAAGGCCCUUCUUAGCGACGCGAACAUCGAGCUUUUGCUUGAAGGCAUACGCGGAAACUACAGGAACUUGGAGGCCAAGAUAACAGAGAUCAACGCCUGCGACACUAAAGGAAAAGUCCAAGAAGUCAUCAACAACACAAGUGCCGACAUGAACGCCGUCCAGAGAAACAGAAUCAAGACGCUGGACGCUCUUUUGACUUCACGUCAGGCUCAGGUGCUUAAUUCUCUUCUUGUGUGGGUUGCAGGCUGUAGCUACCCACCAAAGAUCAGGGUUCUUGAGAGCGUUCUCUUCUUUAUCUUUGGCGAGGAGUUUCUCCUCACAGAUCAGAUUGCUACUACCUACUCGCCUGUGCUCAUGAUUGAUAAAGAGGGUAGGGUUGGAUUCAAGGACGGCCUUAAGGAUAUCCUGUCCGCGAGUGCUCCCUCGGGAGCUGAAUCUGCAAUGUCUCAGUUGCAUGCUGAAGCGAUCACUAGUGCCGAAGUCGAACUUUGUCGCCGGUUCAUACGAAAAGCUUGUGAUGCAACAGAUUACGCCAGAUUUAGGUUCGAUGAUUUCUUUCAGGCCAUGGCACAAAAGGUACAUAUUCACCUCGAUGACGACAACACCGUAAAUGUAACCAUAAUCAGCUUGUGCAUCGAUGUUCUGUUCGACAGUCGAAAGGUCGGAAGCCUCGAAGCAAUGCGCGAUUAUGCUUCAUUAUGGUUUUAUGAGUAUCUUAAGAGCUUGGUCAAGGCGCUUGAUGAGUUUGAGCCAGAAAGGAAGUUCAUGACUGACAUUGGAGGCAAGCUGGUUGACUUGUUCUACGAUCCCAAAAUGAUCGAUAUGUGGUUCUCCAAGAAGAAUUUGACGUGGUUGAAGUACGACUAUCUGUAUUCAGAAGAGUUCCUUGACCCCAUCAUGGCAUUGCUGAAGAAUUCGCAAGUGGCCAAAGGCUAUGCAAAGGAUGCAGAGAAGAGCGAGUGGGCCAGAUCUGUAAUUUCCGACACCGCGAGCAAAUACUCCGUUCUAGAGCGCAUCGCAGCGCGGUUGGCGACCCAUUGGUUUAGUUGUUCGACUGGAACAACAGACAGAGAUUACCUUUGGAUUUCAUGGGGUAUUGUAGCCAAGAUAUCCAAACCGGAGAAACCUUUCGAAGAAUGGAAGCCGCCCUCGAAUACAGAGGUUGACGAGUACAUCGUCUGGGUAAAGAAGCAAAAGGACAUCAACGUCGACAGCGCUGUCUGGGACUACCGCGUAGGAGCUACAAACGUCGUCUUCGAGCAUUACAAAGAAGCCAUUGCUGCGUUGGAGAAAGCUGAAAAGCACUCUCAGACGAAUUGGGGUCUCUUUUUCAGUCUGGCAGAGGCCCAUGAAAACGAAAAGAACCAUCGUACAGCACUUGGGUAUGUACAGAGCUUCAAAUCGCUUAGCGAAAAGUUCCUUGAGACAGAUGAUUCGUACAAGGAAGCCUACUGGCUUUUGCUCAAGGUGGAAGGGAAUUGCUAUCGAGAGUGUCAUGAGUACAACAUGGCCGUGCAAUCUUUCCGCGAUCUUCUGAGCCAGGAUAUCAGUGAAGCAUCCGGUAUGAGCUGGCUUCACUUGCACGCUCUUUCGGGACUCUUCACAACCUGGACCGAUACGAAGAGUCCUCAAUCUAUCAUCGAUCUCAUUCGCAGCUGGAAAGAUGCGACAGCCGAAAAUCGUGGCCCGACCUACUGGCUACGAAGAGCAUCACAUGAACAUGCCCUCCAUACAUGUAUCAUUGUGGCCGCAAAGCGUGUCGGGGUCGUGGAAGAGAUCAUCGCUCUGUAUCAGGAGGCCAUCGAUUACAAACCGCUGGAUGAUCCUACUGUGGACGAGUCGGGGAUAGACAUCUCUGCUGAAGCAACCAAACAACUGCAGUACUUCCAAGCUGUCCUCAGAUUCCACGGGAGCAAGUCCCGUAAAGAUCAACACCAGAGCAUACAAUGCUGGGAAGACAUUGUUCUCCAAUCCGACGAGAACCCAGGGUCGUAUAUGACAGCAUGGAAUGCGACCCGCAAGCUAGCUCCGACUCUUCUUGACGUGGCAGUUGCUGAACUCGUGGAAGCUCCUUCGAGCUCUUCUAAUGAUUUCGCGAGCCGAUUGGAGAAGCUCGUCAACCAAAACACGACGAUCAUCUGUAACCUGCGUCAAGGUUAUUUCGACCCUGGCCUCUGUUUAGCAAGAUUAUACUGCAUCAAACAGAACCAUACUUCAGCUUUCACACAGGCGCGGGCUCGACUUUGCAGUGUCUUUGACAAGUGGCCUGAAGCUACUGAUGAUGCUUCACUUACUAUUCGGUUCUCGAACUUGGCUCAAACAUUGAAUGUCCUUGACAAAGAUGCUGAUGCUGUUGCAGCGUGGCAGGCGAUCGGGCCGUACCAACCGUCGAACGCGACGGAUGCGAAAGCAGACGCGCAAAGUACCGGAGAGCUUCCACAGCCCAACUCUGAACCAUCCAACACAAAUGGUAUGUCUGCGACUUCUGACAAGAACUCGAAAGACGGUGCAGCAGCAUCCCCACCAACCACGACUGCGAACAAGGCGUACCUCACAGGAUAUGGUUGCGACGGAGCCUGUGGGACAGAAUGGACAGACAUGUUAGCCGACUGUUGGGUGUGCAAGCACUGUCUCUGCGUUCAGCUUUGCCAAGGAUGCUACAAGAAACUUCUCGAAGACGACCUGCACCCUCUCGUUUGUAACAAGGAUCACAAGAUGCUCUUUCUACCGCCGUUCGACUGGGAGGCAUGGCGUAUUUGUCCAGCAGACAUGAUGGUUGUGGACAAGCAGCUCGUACCUCGAAAGGACUGGGUAGACAGGAUUCGCAAAGAGUACAACGUGCAACAGGAAGAGAUCGAUUUCGUCAAGACGGAGAAGGCCAGGGAACUGAAAGCUGCCAGUGUUAUUGCCGUGCGAUGGCGCAACAGGUUGCAGAGGAUCAGGGCCAGCAGGCCAACAGCGCCUACUCUCCGCCGAGCCAGGACGGUGGCAUAGGUUAUUGGUGCAAUGCUCAUUACGAGACAGCGCGACAUUGGGUUGAGAGUAGAAUGGGCGUUCGGCGGUGUGUCGAUCAAGAUUGAUUAUAAUCCAGGAUCAGUUCAUGUCAUUGCUAAGAAUACACGAUAGUUAUUGGACAUAGCACAGGCGCUCGUCUCUUCUUCUUCUUCUUCUUCUUCUUGUAUUGCUCGAGCGCC